AUGGGCAGGAUUGUGUUUUUCGAGGACAAGAACUUUCAGGGUCGUCGCUACGAGUGUGACAGCGACUGCUCAGACUUUCAUACCUACCUGAGCCGCUGCAACUCUAUUCGUGUGGAGAGCGGUGCCUGGGUGGUGUAUGAACGGCCCAACUACAUGGGCAACCAGUAUGUGCUGACCAGGGGGGAGUAUCCUGAAUAUCCACGCUGGAUGGGUCUCAAUGACCAUCUCAGUUCCUGCAAGAUGAUCCGCUUUACAAGUGGAAUGCAGUACAAAGUUCAAUUGUAUGACAAGCCCGACUUCACAGGCCAGGCCAUAGAGGCCAUCGAUGACUGUCCAUCUGUGCCGGAGAGGUACCGCCUUAGAGAAGUCCACUCCUGCAAAGUUUUGGACGGUUACUGGAUCUUCUACGAGCAUCCCAACUACCGCGGCCACCAGUACCUUCUGGAAAAGGGCAAAUACCGCAAACCACUGGAAUGGGGCGCAGUCUGUCCAACCGUGCAGUCAUUCCGUCGGUUCACCGAGUAA